GCAAGGGGGCCAAUAUCCUGACGGGGAGAUUUGCUAAGGAGAGUUUAAACUAGAAUUGUUGGGGGGUGGGAACCGAACUGAAUAGACUGGGGAAGAGGAGGUUGGCUCACAAAUAGAGAAAGCUUGUAGACAGUGCGAGAGGGAGGAUAGGGACGCGCUCAGACCGAAGGUCUAUUUUAACGCAAGGCAAUACGGGGAGAAAAGAUGAGGUUCGAAGGUAAGCUAGUCAAGAAUAUAAAGGAGGAUAGUAAAAGCUUCUUUAAAUAUGUGAAGAGGAAAAAAAAGUUAAGACCAAAGUUGGGCCCUUGAAGGCAGAAACGGGCGAAUUUAUUAUGGGGAACAAGGAAAUGGCAGACGAGUUGAACAGGUACCUUGGAUCUGUCUUCCUAGGGAAGACUCAGACAAUCUUCCAAACGUAAGUGGCUAGAGGACCUAGGGUAACAGAGAAACGGAAGAAAAUUCAUAUUAGGCAGAAAAUGGUGUUGGGUAGACUGAUGGAACUGAAGACUGAUAAAUCCCCGGGGCCUGAUGGUCUGCAUCCCAGGGUACUUGAGGAAAUGGCUCUGGAAAUCGUGGAUGCAUCGAUGUUGACUGUUGGACGGUGCAGAAGGCAGGCAGAUAUCAAUUCUCAGGCAGUUGCAUGUCUGUUGGGUACAGCCGAAACCAGCCCAGAUGUUGUGCAGCUGCUGAGGGGCCACAUAUUGUUUCAGGACCUGGGAAACGCAGGGCUACAUUUUAUUCCACCUGCGGUCCUGCGUCUCCAGUACUUGGAGGAGCUACACCUGGAGGGGAAUCAGAUUGAGGAGAUCCCAGCAGAGAUUGGUUCACUACGAAGACUCAGGGUUUUGUACCUGAACAACAACAGCUUGAGCAGGAUCUGUGAUCAGCUUGUGGAGUGCCAGAACCUCCAGAGUUUGGAUCUGAGUAACAAUCCGCUGGAUUGUGGUAUCCCCACACAGGUACUAUGCCAUCUCCAGGCAUUGCAGGAACUACGCUUGUCCAAUCUGAAUCUAGUGCAGCUUCCAGCCCAGAUCUGUAAGAAACUGCAUCACCUCCAGUUGCUGGGAUUAUCAGGGAACAGUCUGACAACCUUACCCUGUGAGAUCAGGAACCUGACCCAACUGCAACAACUUCACUUGAAGAGCAACAAGUUGCAUGGUUUGCCGCCAGGAUUUUGCCAACUACUAAAGCUGGAAGUUUUGAAUUUGAGACAGAAUUUAUUGAAUUGUCUUCCUGAUGAUAUUGGUUCUCUGAAAAACUUAAAGCAUUUAUACUUGAGCCACAACAAGCUCACAACCAUGCCGGAAUCCCUUGACAAAUGUCUGAGUAUGUGUGUAUUAGAUAUUAGUGGAAAUAGACUACAUGCCAACGUCAAAGCAUUGCCAGCCAGUUUGACUGAAUUAGCUGUCUCUGAUAAUCAGCUUCACAUAUUUCCAACAGCUAUCUGCAAUUUGGCUGACUCCUUACAGCUCCUCUAUUUGAAAAACAUACAGUUAAAGAAAUUAAGCUAUUGUUUCUCCAAUUUGACAGAAAUUCGCUUCUUGGAUCUCAGUCAAAAUCUUUUUAGGUACUUCCCAAAGCAAAUAUGUGACCUGUCUCAUUUGGAAAUGCUCUCGCUGGAUGACAAUAAAUUAAAAGAGGUGGCUGCCGAAAUAAGGAACUUAACUAAGCUGAAGAUUCUUGGUCUGACUGGAAACAGGUUCCGGACUUUUCCACAGGAGAUCUGCUUCAUUGAUUCUCUGGAGAAAUUGUACUUGGGACAAGAUCAUGGGAUAAAAUUAAUCCAUGUACCUGAGGAGAUCACCCACCUUGUGAAACUGAAGGAAUUGUAUCUUGAGAACAAUGAAAUUGAGUUUUUGCCAUCAACGAUUGGGCUACUCCAGAACCUGACUGUACUUGACUGUCAUGAAAACCGUCUGUUGGAGAUUCCUGACUCAAUAUCAGAUAUUCAAGGAUUACAGAAGCUUCUACUGAACUGUAAUCGCAUAUCUCAUCUCCCAGCAAACUUAGAUCAUUUGCAAAAUCUGGAAAUUCUAUACCUGGAGAGAAACCCAUUGGAGAAGCCUUUGGAUGAAAUUUGCCUGCAUGGAGUUUCUGCCAUAUUCCAGUACCUACAGACAAAGAGGAUCCAAAAGAUCAGUGCAACCAAGAUCCAGGCCUGGUGGCGUGGCUUAAUGGUGCAGAAGGAACUGGGUCCUUUUCAGAAUUUGUUUCCAAAGAAAAACAAAAAAGGGAAAAAGAACCAGAAAAAUAAUAAAAAGAAAGGAAAGAAAAAGUAAAAUAAAUCCUGGAAACUGCGAGUAAAUAACUUAAAAUAGUAGAGCUUUUGAUAUCAGUUCUCUGAUUUAUGGACUUGGGGCAAGAAACGACCAUUGAGGCUCAAGCCUGUAGCUUCUGGUUUUACCUCAUUACCUUACCUUCAUCUUUCUAACUUGUAAGAAACGACCAUUGAGGCUCAAGCCUGUAGCUUCUGGUUUUACCUCAUUACCUUACCUUCAUCUUUCUAACUUGUACCAAUUCUGACAAUGCAAGUUGUUAACAACAGAGAAAACAUAGAAACGCAGAAAACCGGCAGCACAAUACAGGCCCUUCAGCCCACAAAGUUGUGGCAAACAUGUCCCUACCUUAGAAAUUACUAGGGCUACACCACACUGGACCAGAUAAUUUUGAAAACACCGGUUUCACGUUAAAAUGAUAGGCAUCCACACUAUGCGUUUUUGAAAAUAUCUCUAUCCACAUUGAAACAGAGAUUUCGGCGAAUCUCUUCCUGUUGCGCAUGCGCAGGACAUACCUACCGAAAACAAGCAACAUGUUUGUUGUCGAAUCUCUCUGUAAAAGUGCACGCUUGUGUAGUUACAGACUAGAAAAACUUAAAACGAUGGACAGCUGUUGGCUCUCACACAGGAGAACUUAAAAGUAAAAAAAAACAAAUACUGGAGCGUACGGAGGUAACCGACGGAAUUCACGGACUGUAUGACCCAGCUUCUGUUGCAUUAAUAAAGCACCUUGUUAAAUGUAUAAAACAUGUCUGCAUCAGGGUUAUCUUGUAUUUCCAUACAAUGUUACAUUAGGCUGUUACACAUCUAUUGUCAGAGAAGUACUUGCAUAAAUAGGUAAACCACCUUCAUACGAGCAAGGACAGAAAAUGGCAAAGUGAGUACAGUAUACUUAUUUAUUCAGUAAGUUAUGGGUCAAAGUAUUUAGUGAGUACAUUUCUAACUCUUCUGGCUUUAGUCUUGUUGCCGUCUGUUCUGAAAUUGGUAGGUUGCGUUCAAGAAAACAAUGAAAUAGCAUGCUGCCGUCUGACAGCGUUUUCAAAAGACUCCGGUUACUCUGUCCACACUGAUCUGCCCGAGCAGCGUUUUCAAAAAUACCCACCCUGGAAAGCGUUUCUGAAAAGCUUUGGUUUCAGGGGACGAAAAUGCUAUUUUAGUGUGGACGGAGGGUAAAAACGAAGAGAAAAAGUUUCGGUAACAGAUUUAUCUGGCGUAGUGUGAAUGUAGCCUAGGCUUACGCAUAGCCCUCUAUUUUUAUAAGCUCCAUGUACCUAUCCUAUUAAAAGACACUAUUGUAUCCGCCUCCACCACCAUUGUUGGCAGCCCAUUCCACACACUCACCACUCUCGUGAGUAAAAACUUUCCCUGACAUCUCCUCUGUACCUGCUCCACAGCACCUUAAACCUGUGUCCUCUUGUGGCAACCAUUUCAGCCCUGGGAAAAAGACUCUGACUAUCCACACGAUCAAUUUCCUCUCAUCACCUUAUACACCUCUAUCAGGUCAUCUCUCAUCCUCCGUCACUCCAAGGAGAAAAGGCUGAGUUCGCUCAACCUAUUCUCAUGAGGCAUGCUCCCCAAUCCAGGCAACAUCCUUGUAAAUCUCCUCUGCACUCCUUCUAUGGCUUCCACAUCCUU